GUCUAAACCUGACUGUGAUUUCAUUGUUUUGAUCUUGCCCUGUGCUUGCCAUGAGUUCAAGGCUUGCUUCUCCACAUGUUGCUUUGCUAAACCAAGGUUAGAGCGUCACUUACUCUGCAGUACUUGUACCGUGCAGUUUACAGUCCACGGCUUACAGCUUACCACACCACUUACAUACAGCUGAGUGGGAAAAAUAUAGACAUAAAUAAAAACCGGGAGUUAUGUCGCAGGAUCUACUCGACGAUUUCCUCUCCACACCCGUCAGACCGAGUCAUGGUUCUACGCAGUUUGGGGCAUCACCACCAGCAGCGGCAGGUGGGUUCGGCCAGGAACAUCACCGCUCUAAUACCAAUACUACCUUUGAUGACUUAUUGGGAUUGUUCGAUGGUCAGACUGUUACUGCACAGAAACCGAAGCCGGCUCAGGUCUUAAGGUUGGCUCAUCCCGGGCGGCCAGUUAGCUUUCAUGGGAAUACUACGACCAAUCGGGCGGACCCGUUUGCAGCUUUUGGGAACAUCACAGGUCGGUCGAUAACGCCGUCAUCGAGGCCGGCGAGUAUAGCUGCGUUCGAUGACUUCUUUGCUACGGUGCCGGUGUCUCAAGGAAAUGGGGGUAGGAUUGGGGCUACUCUUGUCGUUCAGCAGCAGGAGGAAGAAGAGGAUGAUGACUUUGGAGAUUUCACGUCCGCUCCCACGGGUGGCGGGUCAGUACCUACUCCGUUGGCAACGAAGAGGACAUUCCUUUCACCGCCGCCUUCCAGAGGCCCGAGCUCCUCACCGCCACCUCCGCCUACUCCGCCGAAGCCAAAGUAUAUCCGACCUAGGAAGGUCUCCGAUGCAGAUCCCUUUGGUGACUUUGUCGCCUCCCCUAGCACUACUUCGCCCCCCAGACUCUCGUUCGGAUCACCGCCUGGGGUGCCUAGCAUUCCACUCAAGUCGCUCACUUCCAUCCCAGCUCCCUCGCCAUAUCGACGGCAUACGAAACCUGUGGAAAUACCUCCAGUAGCAGUCCUACUGAGAGCAUUCCCACCAUUAUUUUUACUACCACAGGAUCAGCUACUGGACAAAAUGAAAGGCCUAUCAUUCUCUCUCCGACAGCGAGUACUCUCACAUCACAGGACAAAGAAAUUUCUAGAAGGUAUCUGCGAGGUCGGUAGAGUUGCGGGCAGGAUCAUUGCCGGUCGAAAACGACAGACAAAGAGCGCGCUUCCGGGAAAAGCUGGCGGCAGGAUGAAGCUAGCCAAUGGGGCGGAUGCAGCUUGGCAACAGAAGAAGGAAGACAGGGAAGCGAAGGAGAUAUGCCGACUCUGGAAAGAAGAGUCUGGACGACUAAAGGCUGCGAUGGGAACUAGUAUUCCAGAGUUUGAGGAUGAGCCUUUGAAGGGACCUGGAAGACGGGGGUGUAGACUUUGUGGGCUGGGGAAGGAUGAGCUUCUGCCGGGAUUGAAGGAGAAGACUGAGAGGCUUGGAUGGUGGGAUAGUGGGUGGGGCGGGCAUGCGGGAUGCAAAGGGUUCUGGGAAAAACAUGGCAAAGUAUUGGCCUCAGCGGGUGAGGACUUUAUGGGACCGUCAUAGUCGGAUAGGCUUCUUUUUUGAUCUGCAAUAUAAGAUUGAGACGGGGCUGUUCUUUGCAGUACUUUUAUUGUCAAGAGAACGUUGUGGCUUCUUUUUUCUUCCUUGUUAAAAUUAGAUUGUUCGAGUACAAAACGAGUAAGGUAGUUAAUAAUGUAGAAUUCAAAUCA